CUGGCAGAAGGGCCCGGGCAGGUGGCACAAUGGCCUUCUCACAGGUGCAGUGUCUGGACGACAACCACGUAAACUGGCGCUCCAGCGAGUCCAAGCCCGAGUUCUUCUACAGCGAGGGGCAGCGGUUGGCCCUGGAGGCCCUAGUGGCCCGUGGCCGCGACGCCUUCUAUGAGGUGCUGAAGCAGGAGAACAUCCGAGACUUCCUGUCAGAGCUGGAGCUCAAGCGCAUCCUGGAAAGCAUUGAAGUGUAUGACCCGGGCUCUGAGGACCCUCGGGGCACCGGGCCCUGCCAGGGGCCUGAGGACAACAGGCUUGGGCUUGGCAAUGGCGAGGAAGCCAGCGGUGCAGGAGGGGCCCCCACUGAGGCUGAGCCGCUACCCUCCCUGGAGUACUGGCCCCAGAAGUCUGACCGCUCCAUCCCGCAGCUGGAUCUGGGCUGGCCCGACACCAUUGCCUACCGCGGUGUGACCCGGGCCAGUGUCUACAUGCAGCCUCCCAUUGAUGGGCAGGCCCACAUCAAAGAGGUGGUGCGCAAGAUGAUCAGCCAGGCCCAGAAGGUGAUAGCUGUGGUCAUGGACAUGUUCACUGAUGUGGACAUCUUCAAGGACCUGUUGGACGCUGGCUUUAAGAGGAAGGUGGCUGUGUACAUCAUCGUGGACCAGAAUAAUAUCAAGCACUUCUUGCACAUGUGUGGGCGGGCCCGCAUGCACCUGGGGCAUCUCAAGAAUCUCAGAGUACGGAGCAGUGGGGGAACCGAGUUCUUCACACGGUCAGCAACCAAGUUCAAGGGUGUCCUGGCCCAGAAGUUCAUGUUUGUGGAUGGAGACCGGGCUGUGUGUGGCUCUUACAGCUUUACGUGGUCAGCCGCGAGGACGGACCGCAACGUGAUCUCUGUGCUGUCCGGCCAGGUGGUGGAGGUGUUCGACCGGCAGUUCCAGGAGCUGUACCUCAUGUCACAUGGCAUCAGCCUCAAGGACAUCCCCAUGGAGAAGGAACCCGAGCCUGAGCCUAUUGUGCUGCCCUCCGUGGUCCCCUUGGUGCCCACAGGUACCACAGCCAAAAAACUUGUCAACCCCAAGUACGCGCUGGUCAAGGCCAAGAGCGCUGAGGAGAUUGCCAAGACCUCUUCUGACAAGCAGGAGGCCAAGAGGCCCACAGGGCUGCGGGGUGCGGCACUGGCUGAGGGAUUGGGGGACCUGCCUGAGCCACCUCCCAUCCACCCUGGGCUGCUCCACCUGGAAAGGGCUGACAUGUUUGAGUAUCUGCCCACAUGGGUGGAGCCUGACCCCGAGCCAGGCAGUGACAUCCUGGGCUACAUCAAUAUCAUUGACCCCAACAUCUGGAAUCCCCAGCCCAGUCAGAUGAACCGCAUCAAGAUCCGAGACACGUCCCAGGCCAGCGCCCAGCACCAGCUGUGGAGGCAGAGCCAGGACCACAGCACCCACCCUGAGCCCCACCCUACCUCAGGGCCCAGUGCCCUCCAGGACAACAUCGCAGUCCAGAACGGCCUCCCCCAGAGGGACCCUGAGCCACUGACCCCUGUGCCCAAGCCACGGACAGUCCCUGUGGCAGACCUGCUGGCCCAGGAUGACAGCAGUGUUGGCUGGGCCCUGGAGACCGCAUCAGAGGAGAUACCCCAGAAUGGGACAGGCCAUGGGCUGCCCAGAAUGGCUGGCUCAGGCCACCCCCCACUCCAGCGGCAACUGUCAGUGACCCGGGAUGACCCCGAUGGCCUGGGUGCAGGGAUCCCAAAUGGGCUGGAUGGGGAGGAGGAGGAAGAUGACGAUGACUAUGUGACCCUCAGUGACCAGGACAGCCUCUCGGGCAGCUCCAGCCGUGGCCCUGGCCCCUGGCAGCCCUCAGCGGCCUCCUCCCCCAUGUCAGACGAGUACUUUGAGGUGAGGGAGCAUUCGGCCCCUCUCCGGAGGCGCCACUCAGAGCAGGUGGCCAAUGGUCCAGCCCAGCCGCCCCGCCGACAGCUGAGUGCCCCCCACAUCACCCGAGGGACCUUUGGUGGACCUCUGGGUGGCUCCUUGUGGGCCCAGGGUCGGGGGAGAGAAGAGGUGGAUGUGCCAAGGAAGAUGCAGGCCCAGCGCCCCUCGGACAAGGAGGAACAGGGCCAGCGGUUCCACCACUGUAGGGUCCCUGCCUCUGGGACCAGGGGUAAAGAUGGCUUCCGAGGAGCCCUCCAGUUCCGCUCUGCUGGUAAUGGCGCCCAGAGCUCUACCAGGAAAGCGGGCCCAGCUUCAGCAGGCCCCCACCACUGGCAGGCCAAGAGCGGCCCAGUACCCCGUGUGCUGUCAGGUCCUGCAAGUCCAAGGCUGGCCCGAAAUGCCCGCCCCCUGGCUGAUGGCCCAGCCACCGAGGAGCAUCCCAGUCCCUUGGGAAUCCCAUACUCCAAACUGUCUCAGUCAAAGCACCUAAAAGCUAGGACAGGAGGCAGCCAGUGGGGCUCAUCUGAUUCUAAACGGAGGGCUCCGGCCCCCCAGGACCGCAAGGACCCCUAGCAGCCUGUCUCAGCCUGGUGCCACACCCUCCCAGGCCUCUGCCCAGCCCAGACUCAAGAUGCGGGAAGCAGAUGGGCCACCUGCACCUGCCACAUCCCAGCAUGCCAGGAAGGUGGUGAGAGGUGUUGGCACUCACCUGGUCAGUGCACCAGUACCAGGUGGCCAUGAUGGUCAAGCCAAA